CCCCCCCCCGCACUGCCCAGGGCUUCCCCGCGCCGGGCCCGCGGCUCCGCCCCCUCCGUCUCCCAGGUAACCAGUGUGUUUCUUUCCUCCCAUCUUCCAUUCUCCUGCCCAGGAGCCGGCACAGUUCGAAGGGCUCCGGCCAUCGGGGCGAACCUGCGGGCACAGGCGGAGCUCGGCCCGGCGCCGGCGCCCCAGGUAUCCUGGCCCCCCGCCCCCCGCCCCCCGCGGCCGGGGAUCACCCGCUGCAGCCCCCCUCCCUCCCCGGCCCCGGGCGGCGGGGCGGUGUCCGGGGCUCCCCUUCCUCCCUCGGAGGGAAGGAGCCUGCGGGGGCACCUGCCCGGCCGGCAGCCCCCACGGGCCUGUGGUCCUUCUGUCAGCUUCAUUCCCCAAAUAUCGCCUUCCUCUGAGCAGCGACUCUCUCCUCAGAAAGGGAAAGGGGGAAACAGCGCGGUGCCUCAGUUUCCCCAUCUGUGAACUGGGCGCCUCCAAGGUGCCGGCUCUAGACCUUGACCUCACGAAGUGCCCAACAAAACGGCCUAAAACCUGGGCAGUGCCCCCUCCCCACAAGGGAGCGUUUGAGCCACUUGCAUUUGCUCUUCUCCUUUCCUCCAAAAUAAAACAAGCAUCCCUUAACUAAGUUCCCUUAAUUGGCUGAAAUCAACCAAAAGAUAAACCAACCUAAGGCUGACUUCACUAGUAUUUUCCAGAAAACAUUCUUCCUUCUCCCUCCCCUCCUCUCCACCCUUUUGUUUAAAAGCAAAACUGAUUCUUAAGGACUCUGCCCUUUCAGGACGGAAUCGGUCCCUCCAGCACUUCUUGGAAGGGGCAGAGCAGAAACAUCCAUGUCGGGCUGUCCGGAAUAAGCCCUUCCAGUAAAAUGCUCCACGGUUCCUUGAUUGCAUCUGAGGCCAUUUGGGGCCAUCUCCAGUCAUCCUGACCUUGUAAUCACCACCUCACCUGUCUGAUGUCAUUGGUCCUCUUGGAGACUCAGACAAACAGCAGUAUCCUAGGCCUUGAACCCAUUCUAAGGGGUCUGCCCAACAGACCCGCGGCCUCCUAUGUCCCCCCUUCCCUUCUGAGGAGCCCUGAAUCAGCCAGCAGUUGCAGUAAACACCGAACCCAAUUAGAACGGUCUUUGCUAGUGCCUACGCCUGGAAAAGGGGAAUUCUCUUACUUUCCCCACCCAAGUAAACUGCAGGAUCUUUUUUUCUUCCCAGAGUAAGAAGCAUUAAAUUAAAACUCGGGGGCCCCAAGAUGUUGGACCCGGAUAAAGAGGAGCAAGAAGCGAUUGCUGCUGAAAAGGAAGCUUUGAACUUGAAGCUGCCUCCCAUCGUGUAUCCUCCUGAAGACAAAGGCACUGAAACCCCAGUGCAAAUGAAGCUCUUGAAAUACAGAAAAAUCAAGGAUGAGGCCAAGAGACUCAAUCAGAUUGUAAUGACAGGAGCAGUGAAAAAAAUUGCCAAAGCAUCAGAGGAGAAGAAGAAAAGAGGUCCAGUACCUCCAGAACCAGAAUACCCUUCCACUAUGUACAGUGAACUAAGAAAAAGAGGGGAAAAUUAUGUUUUUAUGAAAAAAUGCGUGGAGAGUAACCCCAUCGUCCCCAUUCAGAAGGAGUGGCUGGACAACAUGUUGAAGCUGGUGCCUCCGUCCUUAAAGAAUGGCAGAAAUAGAGAGGAGCUUGUCCAGAGCCUCUUAAACGAGAUCACGAAUGAAUUUGAAAAGAGCAUGAAGAGAUACAUGGUGCGAAGCGCGCUCGUGAGGCCCGAGGUGUCGUGGCUGGAAGACGAGGGCGGCCCGCUGCCGGAAUCCCCUCUGGGCCUGGACUAUUCCCAGCCGUGGCACAGCAGCUACGUGCAAGCCCGGAACCAGAUCGCGGAGCAUCUGCACGUCCUGCAUCCCAUCCUGAGAAUGCUACUGGACCUGGGCAACGCCACGUUUGCCGACAAGCUUUUACUGGACUUAACGGGCUUCAGAGAUAAAGGUCCCAUGGAAUGUGAAACUUUGAGAAAUGAUGUGUCUAUCAAUGCCAGAAAAACAGAAGAGAAGUUAAUGAAUACCUGGUAUCCCAGGGUGAUCAAUCUCUUCACCAAGAAGGAAGCUCUUCAGGACAUUAAAGCAGAAAAAUUGGAUUCUUUUUAUAACUGUGUAGCCACACUAAUGUCAAAUCAGCUGAGAGAUCUAUUACAGAGAACAGUGGAAGGAUUUGUAGAUCUCUUUGAUCCUAAUGACCAAAAAUGGCUGCCAAUAUUCAAGAUGGAAUUGACAUUUGACGAUGAAAGAAUGGACUUUUAUCCAACUUUUCAAGAUCUGCAAGAAGUCGUGGGAGGUGUGGUGGAGCGAAUUGGAGAAACUCUGCAGAAUGUCCAGACUGUGCAAUCUUGGCUGUCAGGGGGACCCACGACCGUAACCCUUAGCACGGAGCUUCCCAGCCACGUUGUGAACUGGGCCCUUGAGACUCUGAAGGCCGCAGUGAAUCUGAACUUGGAAGGACCAAAGGCACACUUUAAUGACUACGUUGAAAAAUAUCAUUGGCUUAUUGAUGGGACUGCCGUUGAACAAUUAAAAAAAUUUCAGGAAGAGGAUCACACUUUUGAUGAGUACACUGAACUGAUAGAAGAAUUUUCAAACCUUGCUAAAGAAAUCAUGUUGCUGCCACAUUUAGCUCAUUUCCCCAUGGUACGUUUGGACUGUGAUGAUUUGAAGCAAGGACUGGUGAAAAAAGUAAAAAGCUAUUCAGAUUUACUCUUAAAUGACAUAGCUACAAAACACAGAAAUGAGAAUGAAAGUAUUUGCCUCGAAUUUGAAAAUAUCAAAGAACAUGCACUGAAAGUUCCUGACACAACAGAAGAAAUGAUGGAAUUGAUAAACUAUGUGGAAAAUGCCAGGACUCAGGGUGUCCAGAAACUGGCAUUAAGAAUCCAGGAAUGCCAGCGCCGAAUGAAUUACUUUUUGGAUGUCUUCAUAUUUCCCCCUGAAGAUUUGGAAUUAAACGCCUCUGUUCUCCUUUGGCCCCGGAACAUCAAUCCUAUCUUUAAUGACAAUGAUGAUCUAAUUGAGAACGCCAAGCGGAAAGGCGAGAAUGACUUGGUGACUAAGAGGGAGAAACUUAUUCUGGAGAUCGACAAGGCAUCUCGGCGCAUGGAAGAGUUUACGGAAUAUGCCGAAUUGGAACGGAUGCAGCAGUAUGUGACGGAUGUGAGAAUGCUGCAAAAACGGAUUCAGGAUGCGGACGACACGGUUGCUUUUAUUAAUAAAGAAGAGGAACUCUUUAAAUGGGAAUUGACAAAAUAUCCAGAACUAGACAAGUUAAAAGUCAGCAUUGAACCCUAUCAGAAGUUCUUUUCUUUCAUUUUGAAGUGGCAACGGACAGAAAAACGGUGGAUGGAUGGAGGCUUUCUGGACCUUAAUGGAGAAAGCAUGGAAACUGAUGUCGAUGAAUUUUUCAGAGAAGUUUACAAGAGCCUGAGAUUCUUCCAAUUGAAGCAAAAGAAAGAAGCACAAGAAAAAAGGAAGGCAAAAGGAAGACGCUCCAUAACAGAUGAAAAAAUAGAGGAAGACAUUAAAGAUAACCCUACAGUUGUAAUGUGUAAUGCGGUCAUGGAACAGAUCAAAAGCUUUAAGGAAAACAUCCCUACUGUCAGCAUCCUGUGUAAUCCAGGUUUGAGAGCUCGUCACUGGAAAGAGAUGUCGGAAAUUGCAGGAUUUGAUUUAACUCCUGAUUCAGGGACUACACUCAGAAAAGUAUUAAAGUUAAACCUCGAACCAUUUCUGGACAAAUUUGAAGUCAUCAGUGCUGGAGCGAGCAAGGAAUUUUCCCUGGAGAAAGCCAUGCAUACGAUGAUAGACACAUGGGAUGACAUCACUUUUCACAUUAGUCCAUAUCGGGAGACUGGAGUCAGCAUCCUCUCCGCUGUGGAUGAGAUUCAAGCCAUCCUGGAUGAUCAGAUCAUCAAGACUCAGACCAUGAGAGGCUCACCCUUCAUUAAGCCAUUUGAAAAAGAGAUCAAGUCCUGGGAGGACCGCUUGAUCCGAAUCCAAGAAACCAUUGACGAGUGGCUGAAGGUGCAGGCUCAGUGGCUGUAUCUGGAGCCUAUCUUCUGCUCCGAGGACAUCAUGCAGCAGAUGCCUGAGGAAGGGCGGCAGUUUCAAACUGUGGACAGACACUGGCGGGACGUCAUGAAGUACUGUGCCAAAGACCCCAAGGUCCUCGCCGCCACGGCGCUGACGGGCUUGCUGGAAAAGCUGCAGAACUGCAACGACCUCCUGGACAAGAUCAUGAAGGGCCUGAACGCCUACUUGGAGAAGAAGCGACUUUUCUUCCCGCGCUUCUUCUUCUUGUCCAACGAUGAGAUGCUGGAGAUCCUGUCCGAGACCAAAGACCCACUCCGCGUGCAGCCGCACCUGAAGAAGUGCUUCGAGGGCAUCUCCAAGCUGGAGUUCCUGCCCAAUCUGGACAUCCGGUCCAUGUACAGCACCGAGGGCGAGCGGGUAGAGCUCAUCUCCCUUAUCUCCACGGCUGAGGCCCGCGGGGCCGUGGAGAAGUGGCUCAUCCAGGUGGAGGACCUGAUGCUGAGGAGCAUCCACCAAGUCAUCGCCCUGUCCUGGAUGGCUUAUCCACAAUCAGAAAGAAAAGACUGGGUACGAGAAUGGCCUGGCCAGGUGGUACUUUGUGUCUCUCAGAUGUACUGGACAAUUCAGACUCAAGAAACCAUAAGCAGUGGACCAGAGGGCUUAAGAAAAUACUACGACAACCUUCAACUUCAGCUCAAUGACAUUGUGAACUUGGUCCGAGGGAAACUGUCCAAACAGACCAGGAUCACUCUUGGGGCUUUGGUCACGAUUGAUGUGCAUGCUCGGGAUGUUGUCAUGGACAUGGUUGAAAUGGGUGUUUCAAAAGAUACAGAUUUCCAGUGGCUCGCUCAGCUCCGAUAUUAUUGGGAACGGGAGAAUGUCCGGGUUCGAAUCAUUAACUGCAAUGUCAAAUAUGCUUAUGAAUACCUAGGCAACUCACCUCGUCUUGUCAUCACGCCUCUAACGGACAGAUGCUACCGGACCUUGAUAGGAGCCUUUUAUUUAAAUCUUGGUGGAGCUCCUGAGGGCCCAGCAGGCACAGGGAAAACUGAGACUACGAAGGACCUGGCUAAGGCCUUGGCAGUCCAGUGUGUGGUCUUUAACUGCUCCGAUGGUUUAGAUUACUUGGCCAUGGGAAAGUUUUUUAAAGGUUUGGCAUCUUCUGGAGCAUGGGCGUGUUUUGAUGAAUUUAAUCGAAUUGAGCUAGAAGUCUUGUCCGUGGUUGCCCAGCAGAUCCUUUGCAUCCAGAGAGCCAUCCAGUUGAAGUUAGAAGUGUUUAAUUUUGAGGGAACAGAGUUGAAACUCAACCCAAACUGCUUUGUAGCCAUCACCAUGAAUCCUGGCUAUGCUGGGCGCUCUGAACUACCAGACAACCUCAAGGUGCUCUUCCGGACCGUGGCCAUGAUGGUGCCCAACUACGCCCUCAUUGCAGAGAUCUCGCUCUACUCGUACGGGUUUCUGAACGCCAAACCCCUGUCCGUGAAGAUCGUGAUGACCUACAGGCUGUGCUCAGAGCAGCUCUCCUCACAGUUUCACUAUGACUACGGCAUGCGGGCCGUGAAGGCCGUGCUGGUGGCCGCCGGCAAUCUCAAGCUCAAGUUUCCCAAUGAAAAUGAAGAUAUCCUGCUUCUUCGAUCAAUAAAGGAUGUGAAUGAACCCAAGUUUCUGUCCCAUGACAUACCCUUGUUUAACGGAAUAACAAGUGACUUGUUUCCUGGUAUCAAGCUCCCAGAAGCUGAUUAUAAUGAUUUUCUAGAAUGUGCUCACGAGUGCUGCAAAAUGCACAAUCUUCAGCCCGUUAAAGUAUUUCUCGAUAAAAUGAUUCAGACCUAUGAAAUGAUGAUUGUUAGACACGGGUUCAUGCUUGUCGGGGAACCUUAUGCCGGGAAGACCAAAGUUCUGCACGUGUUGGCUGACACGCUAUCACUUAUGAAUGAGCGUUCAUAUGGAGAGGAAGAGAAGGUGAUUCACAGGACGGUGAACCCCAAGUCGAUCACAAUGGGCCAGCUUUUUGGGCAAUUUGAUCCUGUGUCUCACGAGUGGACAGAUGGUAUUGUUGCCAACACCUUUAGAGAAUUUGCCCUUGCUGAGACCCCGGACCGCAAAUGGGUGGUAUUUGAUGGGCCCAUUGAUACACUGUGGAUUGAAAGCAUGAACACGGUAUUGGAUGACAACAAAAAACUUUGCCUGAUGAGUGGGGAGAUCAUCCAGAUGUCUGCUCAGAUGAGCCUCAUCUUUGAAGCCAUGGACCUUUCCCAGGCCUCUCCAGCCACUGUCAGUCGCUGUGGUAUGAUCUACAUGGAACCCCUGCAGCUAGGCUGGGAGCCUCUAGUUGCUUCUUGGUUGAGUUCCUUGAAAGAGCCUCUGGACAGAGAAGAACACCAGGCUCUGCUGAAAGAACUCUUUGAUUGGUUGACACCUGUGGCUUUACGGGUUCGUCAGAAAAAAUGCAAGGAGCUGAUUCCCACAAGCAACAGCAACGUUGUCGUGUCUCUCACUCGCCUCUUUGAAAUCUUGCUCUCCGAGGUGGCGGCCGAAGACCCCAACAGUAAACACAUCCGUGUUUGGAUCUUGGCCUGCUUUAUAUUCUCUUUGAUUUGGUCCAUUGGGGCAAGCUGUGACUCAAAUGGACGUAUCAUCUUUGAUAAUUUUGUCAGAGAAAUUAUAACAGGGAAGGAUCCAGACCACCCAGUACCAUCUUUGGUGGGCAAAUGGGAAUGCAACUUUGAUGACAAAGGCCUGGUCUAUGACUAUACGUAUGAGUUGAAGAACAGAGGCCGGUGGGUCCACUGGAAUGAAUUAAUUAAAUCUACUUCUUUAGGAGACAAGAAAACCAAAAUUCAAGAAAUUAUCGUUCCUACAAUGGACACAAUUAGAUAUACUUUUUUAAUGGAUUUAUGUCUUACCUAUCAGAAGCCACUGCUUUUCGUGGGUCCAACAGGUACUGGGAAAUCAGUCUAUGUGAAGGAUAAACUCAUGCAUCAUUUGAACAGGGAUCAGUAUUUUCCAUUCUUUGUUAAUUUCUCCGCGAGGACCAGCGCCAAUCAGGUUCAGAACAUUAUCAUGGCAAGGUUGGACAAGAGGCGCAAAGGAGUGUUUGGCCCUCCCAUGGGCAAGAAGUGCGUGAUAUUUAUAGAUGACAUGAAUAUGCCGGCCCUGGAGAAAUAUGGAGCUCAGCCACCUAUUGAACUGUUACGCCAAUUUUUCGACUACGGAAAUUGGUACGACUUGAAGGACACGACUAAAAUUGUGCUGAUGGAUAUCCAGCUGAUUGCUGCCAUGGGCCCACCAGGUGGGGGGAGGAAUCCCGUCACUCCGCGAUUCAUCCGCCAUUUCAACAUCUGUUCCAUUAACACCUUCAGUGAUGAAACCAUGGUCAGGAUCUUCUCCGCCAUUGUUGCUUUCUACUUGAGGACUCGCGAUUUCACACCAGAGUACUUUGCUAUUGGAAACCAAAUUGUUAAUGGGACUAUGGAGAUCUAUAAACGGUCCAUGGAAAAUCUGUUGCCCACCCCAGCCAAGUCUCACUACACAUUCAACCUGCGGGAUUUCGCCCGGGUCAUUCUGGGCUGCCUGCUCAUCGACAGGGAAGCGGUGGAGCACAAGCACACGAUGGUGCGGCUCUUUGUCCAUGAGGUCCUGCGAGUGUUCUACGACCGCCUGGUGGACGACUUUGACCGACAGUGGCUGUUUGAGCUGAUCAAGGUUGUUAUCAAGGACCACUUCAAAGAGAACUUUGACUCUGUCUUCGCCCACCUGAGGAAGGAGAACAAGAUGGUAAAAGAGGAGGAUUUAAGAAGUCUCCUGUUUGGGGAUUACAUGAAUCCAGAUCUUGAAGGAGAUGAAAGAGUUUACAUAGAAAUUCCAGAUGUGAAGACUUUCAAUGACGUAGUAGAACAAUGUUUGGAGGAAUACAACCAGACCCACAAGACGAGAAUGAACCUCGUCAUUUUCCGGUAUGUGUUGGAACACCUUUCUCGAAUUUGCCGCAUCCUGAAGCAAUCCGGGGGAAAUGCUUUGCUGGUUGGUCUGGGAGGAAGUGGCCGCCAAUCUAUGACCCGACUUGCCACAUCUAUGGCAAAGAUGCAGAUGUUCCAACCAGAAAUUUCCAAGAGUUAUGGGAUGAAUGAAUGGAGAGAUGACCUCAAGAAUCUCCUGAGAAGUGCUGGUAUGAGGGGCUUGAAGACAGUGUUUCUCAUCACAGACACACAGAUCAAGGAGGAAGCGUUUUUGGAGGAUGUUGACAGUGUACUCAACACUGGAGAAGUCCCAAACAUCUUUGCAGCAGAUGAAAAACAGGAAGUGAUGGAGGGUGUUCGUCCAGCGGCCCAGGCUGGGCUCAAACAUGGCGAGCUCAGUCCACUGGCCCUGUUCGCCUUCUUUGUGAAUCAGUGCCGAGACAAUCUCCAUGUUGUGGUUGCCUUCAGCCCCAUUGGGGAUGCUUUUCGCAAUCGCUUGAGGCAGUUCCCUUCUCUCAUCAAUUGCUGUACCAUCGACUGGUUCCAGCCAUGGCCUGAAGAUGCCUUGGAACGUGUGGCUGUUAAGUUCUUGGAAACUCUGGAGCUCACGAAAAACGAAAGGAUAGAAGUCGUUCCCAUCUGUAAACACUUUCACACAUCCAUUAUGGAUCUCUCAGCAAGGUUCUUGCAAGACUUGGGACGACAUAACUACGUGACUCCUACAUCUUACCUGGAGCUGAUUGCAGCGUUUCGGCUGCUCUUGACUCAGAAGCGCCAGGCUGUCAUGAAAGCCAAAUUCAGAUAUACCAAUGGGCUUGAUAAAUUAGCUUUUGCUGAAUCCCAGGUGGGGGAGAUGAAGCUAGAACUGGUGCAGUUACAGCCCAAGCUGGAGCAGGCCAAAGUGGAGAACGCCAACAUGAUGAAGGUGAUCGAGGUGGAGUCUGCGCAGGUGGAAGCCAAGAGAAAGUUUGUCAAGAUAGACGAGGAGUUGGCGACGGCGAAGGCUGAGGAGGCCCAGACCCUGAAAAACGAGUGCGAGAGUGACCUCGCCGAGGCCAUCCCUGCCCUGGAAGCUGCCCUCUCUGCGCUGGACACGCUGAAGCCCAGUGACAUCACUAUUGUGAAGUCCAUGAAAAAUCCUCCAUCUGGAGUGAAGCUCGUGAUGGCUGCUAUUUGUGUCAUGAAAGACAUAAAACCAGAGAAAAUCACGGACCCUUCGGGAACUGGAGGCAAGAUCUUGGAUUAUUGGGCUCCCAGCAAAAAGUUACUGGGAGACAUGAAUUUCUUAAGAGACCUGAAAGAAUAUGACAAGGACAACAUUCCAGUGAAUGUUAUGCAGAAGAUUCGAGGUGAAUAUCUAACAAACCCCGAAUUUGACCCCCCUAAAGUAGCUAAGGCAUCUUCUGCAGCUGAGGGUCUGUGCAAAUGGAUCAUGGCUAUGGAGGUCUAUGACAGAGUUGCAAAGGUGGUUGCUCCCAAGAAAGCCCGUUUAGCUGAAGCUCAGAAGUCUUUGGCAGAGACGAUGGAGCUCCUGAAUCAGAAGAGAGCAGAACUCAAGGCGGUGGAGGAUCGCCUGGACAAUUUACAACAGACCUUUCGUGAGAAAACGGAGGAAAAAGCCCGGCUGGAAGAUCAGGUGGAGCUGUGUGCGAAGAAAUUGGAGAGAGCUUCCAGACUGAUUGGCGGAUUGGGUGGAGAGAAAACAAGAUGGUCUCAAGCGGCAGAUGACCUUCAGGACACGUAUGACAACCUGACUGGAGAUGUUUUGGUCUCAGCCGGAGUCAUAGCCUACCUGGGCGCUUUCACUGCAAGCUUCCGCCAGGAGUGUACCAAGGACUGGAGCAUGCUCUGCAAGAUAAAAGACAUCCCUUGCUCGGAUGAAUUCUCCCUGAGUAAGACUCUGGGCGAUCCAAUCAAGAUUCGAGCCUGGAAUAUUGCCGGAUUACCAACAGAUAUAUUCUCCAUAGACAACGGUGUGAUCGUUAGCAAUUCCAGACGUUGGCCUCUGAUGAUUGAUCCCCAAGGUCAAGCCAACAAGUGGAUUAAGAACUCUGAGAGGGAUAACCAACUAAGCGUGAUUAAGCUCUCAGAUUCGGACUACAUGAGGACAUUGGAAAAUUGCAUUCAAUUUGGCGCCCCACUCCUUUUAGAAAAUGUGGGGGAAGAGUUGGAUCCCUCUUUGGAGCCUUUACUGCUCAGACAAACAUUUAAACAAGGAGGCAUCGAUUGCAUAAGGCUCGGGGAAGUCAUCAUCGAAUAUUCCUUUGACUUCAAAUUCUACAUCACGACGAAGCUGAGGAAUCCGCAUUAUAUGCCCGAGCUGGCCACAAAGGUUUCUCUGCUCAAUUUCAUGAUCACGCCAGAGGGACUCCAGGACCAGCUGCUGGGUAUUGUGGUCGCAAAGGAGAGACCAGAGUUAGAAGAAGAGAGAAAUGCUCUAAUCCUCCAGUCCGCCGCCAACAAGAAGCAGCUACACGAUAUAGAAAGCAAGAUUCUGGAAACUCUGUCGUCCUCCGAGGGGAACAUUUUGGAGGAUGAAAGUGCAAUCAAAGUCUUGGAUUCGGCAAAACUCAUGUCCAACGAGAUCACCAAGAAGCAGCAGAUUGCAGAAAAAACAGAAAUCAAAAUAGCGGAAUCGAGAGAAGGCUAUCGACCCAUCGCUAACCAUUCCUCAGUGUUAUUCUUCAGCAUCGCAGACCUGGCUAACAUCGACCCCAUGUACCAGUAUUCACUCACCUGGUUCGUUAAUCUUUAUAUCAACUCGAUUCAUGACAGUAACCGGUCCAAGAUUUUAGAAAAGCGCCUGCGUUACUUAAAUGACCACUUCACGUAUAACUUAUAUUGUAAUGUGUGUCGGUCCCUGUUUGAGAAGGACAAACUGCUCUUCUCCUUUUUGCUGUGUGCUAACCUGCUCUUAGCAAAGAAAGACAUUGAAUAUGCAGAAUUCAUGUUUCUUUUGACUGGUGGAAUUGGCCUGAAGAGUGCUGAGAAAAAUCCAGAUCCUUCAUGGUUACAAGAAAAAAGUUGGGAAGAGCUGUGCCGGGCGAGUGAGCUCCCAGCCUUUAAAGGCCUCAGGGAACAUUUUCGGAAGAAUCUUGAAGACUGGCGUGAUAUCUAUGACAGUAAAGAACCACAUUCUGUUCCCUUCCCCGCACCACUGGACACAGACCUGAAUGAACUGCAAAAGAUAAUUUUGCUUCGUUGCUUAAGGCCUGAUAAGAUCAGCCCAGCUAUAACUAAUUAUGUGACCGAUAAACUGGGAAAGAAGUUUGUUGAGCCUCCGCCUUUUGAUUUGGCAAAGAGUUAUUUGGACUCAAAUUGCACCAUCCCCCUCAUCUUCGUGCUGUCUCCAGGAGCAGAUCCCAUGGCCAGCCUUCUGAAAUUUGCAAAUGAUAAAACUAUGUCUGGAAAUAAAUUUCAAGCCAUUUCACUAGGACAGGGGCAAGGGCCCAUCGCAGCAAGAAUGAUCAAAGAAAGCAUGGAGGCAGGAACGUGGGUUUGCUUACAGAACUGCCACCUUGCUGUGUCGUGGAUGCCCAUGCUUGAAAAAAUCUGUGAAGAGUUUAGCGUUGAGACCUGCCAGCCAGCCUUUCGGCUUUGGCUUACCAGCUACCCGUCUGAGAAGUUUCCAGUAACAAUUCUACAGAAUGGAGUUAAAAUGACAAAUGAGCCCCCGACAGGUCUCCGGCUGAAUCUCCUGCAGUCUUAUCUCACAGAUCCUAUUUCUGAUAGUCAGUUUUUCAAAGGAUGUCCUGGGAAGGAACAGGUGUGGGAGAAGCUGCUUUUUGGAGUUUGCUUUUUUCAUGCCCUUGUCCAGGAGAGGAAGAAGUUCGGCCCUCUUGGGUGGAACAUCCCGUACGGGUUUAACGAGUCCGAUUUGCGCAUCAGUAUCCGACAGCUGCAGCUAUUUGUGAAUGAGUAUGAGUCAGUCCCAUUUGAAGCCAUCACUUAUCUCACGGGGGAGUGUAACUAUGGCGGACGAGUGACUGAUGAUUGGGACAGGCGCCUCCUGCUCACCAUCCUGGCUGAUUUUUACAAUCGAGAGAUCAUCGAGAACCCACAUUAUAUGUUUUCUCCCAGUGGAAACUACUACGCCCCUCCUCGGAGUAACUAUGAUGAUUACAUUGAAUUUAUUAAGAAACUCCCAUUCACUCAGCACCCGGAGAUAUUCGGGCUGCACGAAAAUGUGGACAUCUCCAAGGAUCUGCACCAGACCAAGACCCUUUUUGAGUCUUUGCUCUUAACCCAAGGGGGAACCACCCAGUCGGGGUCUUCGGGAAGCGCCGACACCGCCCUGUCUGAAAUCACGGAAGAUAUUCUGGGCAAGCUCCCCUUAGACUUUGACAUUGAGUCAGCCUUGUGGAAGUUUCCCGUGAGAUAUGAAGAAAGCAUGAAUACGGUCUUGGUGCAGGAAAUGGAGAGAUUUAACAACCUGAUUAAAACAAUCCGUAACUCGCUGAUAAACCUCGAGAAGGCCAUCAAGGGGCUGGUGGUCAUGGACUCGGAGCUGGAGGCCUUGAGCAGCAGCCUGAUGGUGGGGAAGGUGCCAGAAACGUGGGCCAAGCGUUCCUACCCCAGCCUCAAGCCCCUGGGCAGCUACAUCACAGACUUCCUCUUGAGGCUAGCCUUCUUACAGAUCUGGUACGAAGUCGGCAAGCCCACCGUGUUUUGGCUCUCGGGCUUCUUUUUCACCCAGGCCUUUCUAACUGGAGCCAUGCAGAAUUUUGCUCGGAAGUAUACGAUCCCCAUCGACUUGCUGGGAUACGAGUUUCAGGUGAUUCCCUUCGACACUGUGGAUAUCCCUCCCGAAGACGGAGUUUACAUCCACGGCUUGUACCUGGACGGAGCGCGCUGGGACAGGAUCAAGGGACAGCUCGCCGAACAGCUCCCUAAAAUUCUCUUUGAUGCGAUGCCCAUCAUAUGGAUAAAACCAAUUGAGAAGUCCAAAAUUUUGAAGACCAUUGCCUACACGUGUCCCCUCUACAAGACAAGUGAGCGGAAAGGGACCCUGUCCACGACCGGCCACUCUACCAACUUUGUCAUCGCCAUGAUGUUAGAGACAGACCUCCCUGUCCAGCACUGGAUCAAGCGUGGGGUGGCUCUGCUCUGUCAGCUGGAUGACUAGGCCAGAUAGAUCCAGAGCACGAGACACCUGAGGCCCUCGCGUGUCUUCAGAGCCACCGGAGACGCCGCCACCUCCAAGAACCUGCGUCUCAGGGCCCUUCCUGGGCACUUAAAAAAAAAAAAGACUUCAUUUAUAGAAACCUUUCCCCCCCACAGAAACCACUGUUUAAUCCGGACUUCACGUGAUGAGCAAGAUAAACUUGCUGACAUCACACUUUGAUUGUGAAAAGAAAUUUUAUUAUUUUUUUAAAAGUAUUACCUUCCUCCUUUUGUGUAGUCGAUUUUUUUUUUCUAUUUAUGGUGUAUGCAUGUAUACAAGAAAGAAUCUGAUGAAAGAGAAUGAACUGGAAUUAUUUCUCCCUUGCCAUUGUUCUAGAUGUGGUAAUUCCAUCAUUCAGUCCUCGAGUGGAUCCUGGAUCUCCCUUAGGUAGGUCUUCCCUGCAGUGGUGCAGAUUGCCACCCAUCCAUGGUCUCCUUCCUGUUCAUUACAAAGUCUCCUCGGUUUGCAGAAGAUUUCCUCACUUUCCCUUCGUAUCUCGUAAACACCAGUGGAGAACACAGGCUGCCUCUGUUCCUCUUGCUCUCGUCUUUUCCCCAUUUUCCUUUCCUCGACAUUACUCGUUUGUAAUUAUGAAGCCUUCUCACAUUUUAUCGCUCUCAAGCAUUAAGUGCUAUGUGCUAGAGACCAUGCUAAGCGCUGGGGAGAUGAGGAAAAGUGAAAAAGAAAGCUACUUUCUGCUCCCAAGGAGUUUAGAUUCUGAUGGAAGACAUUAUUUUAAAAGCUGAAAAGCAGGAUGGGAGCGAGCCGAGAAGGCGCUCAUGGUGGAGGGAGGAGGAACGGUGGGAGAGUUGGGAGAGUCAGGAGUGGAGCCUGAGAGGGAAGGACGUGUGGGCAGCUGUCCUGGGCACGUCCUUAAAAUGGAGGUUGUGGGAGGAACUGAUCCAUCAGAGCAAAGAGCGCGUCUUUUUUCCCUACUGCUUUCCUCAAGUGAAAAACAAAGCAUUAAUAGUCUGUAGUAGGGCUAUUACAUAUUAUAUAUAUUACAUAUGUCAUAUAUACAAUAUGUAUAUUAUAUAUUAAUAGUGGGGUAUAGUGGACAGGGCGCUGUCCCCAAAAGAACAAGACACAGGCUGUGUGACCCUGUACAAGUCAAUGUUCUAGGUAAUUCUCUUGGACUAGAAAGUACUGACCCAGAAACGGGAGUUUCCUCUGCUUUUCAAUCCCUACUUUCCCCAACUGAAAGCCGGAGCAAGGAUAGCCCGUGUUCUCCUGAUGCUUUUGAAGCCACCAUUCUCUACAGCUGAAAAUCUAACCCCUCACAAAGUAUUUGUUGUAAAGGAAAUUACGAGAUUGUAGAUUUGGAGCUGGACAGGCACUACGGACCAUCCUGUCUAUUAUUUCACAGGUAAAAACUGAUUCCAAGGUCCCUGCCCAGUGCCAAGAGGUGUCAGCAGUGGUGCGGGGACCCAGGUGUUCCAGCAUCCAGAGAUGUUCUCCCCUCAUUCACUUAGGAGAAGCCUGGCUCAGGGAGGGAAACUCGAAUGGGGCAGCCGUCCAUGGCGGCUUCUCCUCUGGAUGGCAUCUGGUGGGCACAAGGCCUACUUUCCUUUGGAGAACUUGUAGGCAAUGUCUAAUCACCAGUAAAGACUGCAGCAAACAAACCAGAAAGGAUGCUUAGAAGGGUGACAGAGAAGUCCCACAUAUAGCUGCUCUCCCAGCUCUCCACGCCGUUAAGCAGAAACAUUUCCACCAACCCUUUUGAUUAGACUUUCAGGCUAAUUAAUGACUGAAAGAUGAUGGGAGAUGAGGGAUAAUGGAGAUAAUUUUUCUCUGCCUUUACAAGGGUGAUUAGGUUGAAAAUUGCAGGGACAAAAAAACAUUUUUCUUGGUUUGUGUAAGUUUAUGGCAUUAAAAACUAGAGACUAAAUUUGUCAUUAAAAUAUAUUUUUAUUAUAAAUUUCCAAAUGAUGAUUGACGGGUUUUUGUAAUUGCUAAAAAUCUUAGUGGAUUUUUGGAGAUUUGUAGCUAGGAUUAAGGUUACAGGCAAACAAUGUUCCUAUUCCUAGAGGGUGAUAUUUGCAAUUUUUUUUUCCUGGGAAGAGGAAGAUUUCACUAAAAAAACUAUUUUACCAAAAAUGGGGACCAAAACAGAAUUAAGCUAGUUUGAAAUGAUUCAACAGAAUGAGAUUGUUUAGAUAAUUUAGUAGCUAAAUCGCCUAAAUUGAAAUAGACGAUACAAAUCGAGAAGUCAAAGUUUAGUGAUUAAUUGGUGGAAAUUUAUAAGGGAAAGAUUCAGUGAAGUUAAAUUACAAUAUGAUUGAGAAAUGAGUUUAAGCAAAAGUAACUACAGUAAGAUGAAGUGUGGAAUCGGAGUUAAAAAGGAAGGUUAAUUGUGAAGUUGGUAGACUGUAGUCAAAGUGAAAGGGGUAAGUAGAGGGGAAGUACAAGAGAGAAGGUUUAAGCUAGCAGAGAUAAAAGGAAAAUAGGUGGAAGCUUAAAGUUGAAGUCCUUUUGCAUUGAUUGUGGGAAUGGAAAAUUUGAAAGGGUUUGGAGUUUGGGAAAGAUCUGAGAAGGCUUUUUAUCUCAGUGAGAAGGACGUGAGAAACUUUUUGGAGAAGUAUCUAUGAGCAAUUUCAAAAAGUUAUAACCUUUGCCAGAUGGAAACCAUAGAAAUAAAUUGCAAGUAUGGAAGUAUUUGAGAAAUGGUAGAGUGAGUUCUUGUGAGUUCUAAAAGAGGGAGCUGAAUCUUUGACAAUGAGCUAAUGGAAAACAGCGGGUCUGUAAUCUCAGAUGCUGACAGCUAAUGAAUGGCUCUUGGGAAAAUUCAGAUUUUCAUUGUUAACUAUUUGUGGUUGUAAAGACAGAUUUGAUUUGGUUGAAAUUUGUCCUGAAACUAAGUUAUGGUCUCGUUUACAGUGAGAUCUGUUCUCCUUUUAGGAUAAUUGUGGUAAAUGAGAACUUAGUGCAAGAUGCUUGAUAUUUAGCAUUAAGGAAAUAUGCUUGAAAAAUGCCACGAUCAAGAAAACCUGAGUUCAAAUCCAUCCUCAGAAAUUUAACUACUUUGUGUGAUCUUGAGAAAGUCAAUGAACUUCUGUUUACCUCAGUUUUCUUAAUUGUAAAAUGGAAUAGUAAAUACACCUUCCUCCCAGGAUUGUGGUAAGGAUCAAAUGAUAUAAAAAUUGUAAAGUGCUUAGCACAGUGCUUGUUUGGCAUAUUGUGAAUGCUAUGUAAAUGUUAGCUAUUAUUUUUAUUACAUGUAACUAUUCUAUACUGGGUUUUUGAAUGCAAUUAAUAUAAAAUGUCAAAUUGAUAGUCGAGGUGAUUUUCUACAUAAGAAGAUUUGGAAGUUGGAUUCAACUGAAUCGAUAAUUAUUUGAAAGGCAAAAAGUUUUGCGUUAGUUUUAAAAAUACAUAUUACUUAUGUGUUGUUAGAUUUCUGAUUUUUUUUGUAUUGCAAAUUUUGUGAAACAAUCACGCAAGAAAUGCUGUUAACUUGGAAAAUAGUGCCCAGAUGGUGAUAUUUUUGUAUCAUUAGAAAAUUAAUUUCUCUUUUUAUCUGAAUAUUGUUAGAUUAUGAAUUGGUUUGUUAAAUAAUGUUUGAAAACUAUUAAGUAUUUAAUUAGCUUUGUUUUGCUUCACAAUGGAUAAUAACACAAUGUUGGAAAAAAUGUAGUGCAGGCUUUGUCACCUUGUCUGUGAGUUUCCUUGGGAGCUUUUGUUUGGCCAAGGUCUUAAGAUCUUAUUGGAUCUGCAUCAUGUUGGAAAGUCCUAAAGCAAUUGAUCUCUCCUAGCCAAAAGGUUGGGAGGACGGGACUUAAAAGUUUGAGUAAAGAGUGAGUUUUAUCUGAAUGAUCGAUUAUGUUUAGCCAUCAUGUGGACUAGAAAAUUCUGAUGCACAACAAAAGUCACUGAGAACUCCAAGAAUAAGUAGUCAAUAAUUAAUUGGGUCCAAGUUGUUACUCAUGUUCAGAAACCCUCCCUUUAGCUACUUUUAUAUUUUGGGGAGAAUACUAAAAAUAGAAGGGGCUGUUGUAAUUCACUAAUUGGUCAAUUCUAUUCUUGCUUGGCUAAUUAAGCAACUGGCUUAAUUAACUGGCAGUUAUGCUUGGCUAAGGGAAAUGUCCAUCAAUCAUGAACAUUUUGUCAAUAGUCCUUUCAUAAGUCACGAAAUAUUCUACAGAUCAUAGGUCAUAUCAGCAGGGACUUUCCAAAGGUUAUAAGACCCUUUUUAGCAAUAUUGUAGUUCUUCAACAAGUCAUAAAUCUCCUAGUGUUUGAUGAACAGUAUCUUAGGAAGUUGUAGGUUUGAAUGAAAGAUUAGUAGGAGUGGACUACUGGGAUUCAUAGGAGUGAGGAAACAAAUGAAGUUAUUAUAGAUGUUACAGAAUGUGUAUGGGUGUGUGUGGGAGUAAUACAGAAAUUAACAACAUGAAUCCAGAUGAUAAAUAAAAAUAUAGUCAUCAAUAGUUGUAAAAAACAUUCAUAGUUCUUAUUCUAAUAGCAAUAGCAUAUAUAACUAACUGAAACUUAAAAGUAUUCUGCUUAAUUCACUAACACAAUUACGGAUAACAUUACAUCACAAUAAAUUGAAUAAACUGAUUAAUUUGAGUAGGGGGUCUCGAAAUUAUCAAAAUCAUUUGUAGAAAUCAUAAAAUUAUAUCUAUUAAUAGUAUAUAUUAAAGUUACCUGUUUGAGCUAGUUUAAUAUCAGCAGACCUUAAUUUUAAAGAUUUUAUUUUGUUUUAUGGGUUAAUAGACAACAGAGAUAUCAUUUAAUUUGGAAACUUAUAGUAGCCAACAUUUUUCUGAGUUUUUGAAUGAAUGAUCAUGUAUUCACUGUUUAUGUGAAGUUCCAGAAUGUGGUUAUUCCUAAAUUCUAAAUAUUGAUUUCUGUUCCAGGAUGCAUUUAAACUAAAAAUAAUAAAUAAGGUAAGGCGAAGGUCUCAUGUGUGCUUAAUGUUAACAGUUAUUGCAACAGCAUGAGAAAAGCAAUAAUAACAGAACCAUAUGUUGUGAUUAGUAAAGUUUUGGUAUUUCAGGUGAAACCUCUUGGGAUUGAGUUCUGAAUUUAGCUUUUGGGAAUGAUUUUCUGAAUUGUCAUUAAAUAGUCUACCAUUCAAAGGAAAGGCCACAUGCUGCCCAAUCUGGGGAUUGUUACAUGUGACUGUACCUGGAAAACUUGAAGAGACAAUCUUGUGUAGUUUAGAGGAUCCUUUUGACUCAAUUUCCCCAUUUUGCCAUUUCUAUUUUGAACAGGAAAUUUUCCCACCUGGUUAAUUCUGAGCCUGGAUAAUGAUACCUUGUGACUAAUGUGGAACUUUGUUAUAUGAUUUACUGUUCAUACUAUAAGUUAUUUAGGACUCUUUUUUGGAAUAAAACAGAGAUAAAGGAGUUUUCCCCUGUUAUGUUUAUAUCAGGUCAGUCUGUACCCUUGAAGAAAGAGUCUUGAUAUUGUCAUAACCGUGUGCUUACUUUUUCCUUU